AUGUUCUUCGAGAGCUUAUACUUGCUAAUAGCCAAUUCACUAUUAGAUAUCAACAUUACAAUUAAAAAAAUAUCUUUUGUUCCACUAGUGGGAGUUACAGCAGCUGCUGUACUACUUAUUGCAGCAGUUUCAGGGUUCGUUAUUUAUAAGAAACGAAGCGGUAAAGAUAUUAAUAGUAACCAGGAAAAACAUCUACACAAGGAGGCCGAUUCCAAAGGCUACAAGAGUAAUGAUUCUGAAGUGGAAGAUAUCCUACUUGAAAAGGGAGAUACAUUUAAAAGUUUAAGUCAAGAAAAGAUUACUUCCCAUGACCCACUACACAGAGGCUUUUUCUCAAAAACAGGACAAAAAGAUACUCCAUACAUUCCAAGUACCCACGAUAAAAUUUUUACUCCUGAAGAAGAAAGACCUUUAUUCAUUGAUUAUACAAGCAAAAGUAUCAGACAAUUCUCCUUUUCUGGGUUCUCACCACAGGAAAUAGUUGACAACUUGGCUAGUGCCGGCUUUUUCUAUGCAGGUUAUGAAUCCUCAACGGCGUGUUUUCAUUGUGGUUGUAAGAAGGAUGACUGGAAGUUGGGAGAUGAUGCCAUUUUUGAACAUCUACGCCUAAAUAGCAAGUGUUCCUUUGCAAGAGACAUAGAAAAUUCAAGAAAGCAGGCAAACCUCAAUCUAAUUAAAGAAACAUAAUCAGUUAACAAGGAAUAUUGUC